GGAGAGAGGGAGAGAGAGAGGGAGAUGCUGAUAUUAUUAGAGAUUCUCCAUGUUGUUUUUCUCUUCUUCUUCUUCUGAGGAAUACACACUGCAGCGGCGAUGAGCUCUCAGUCUCUACACGACUGUCUGAGGGGCCGGUGUCUGGGCGUCCUGCGGCGGAUGGAGAUCAUCGGCCGUUUCCGCUAUUAUUUCCAGCACCCGUGGAGUCGCCUGCUGGUCUCGUAUUUGGUCACGUUCUUCAACUUCCUGAUCUUCGCGGAGGAUCCGGUUUCUCACAGCCAGAAGGAGGCGCACAUGAGCGUGGUGGGGAACUGCUUCAGCUUCAUCAUCAGCAAAUACCCUGCUGGAUUCUGGAGCGUCCUGAAGGUGCUGCUGUGGGUGCUGGCCAUCAUCUGCGGACUCAUCGCAGGGAAAUUCAUCUUCCACAGGCGACUCUUCGGUCGUGUGCUGCGUCUGAAGAUGUUUCGUGAGGAUCACGGCUCCUGGAUGACCAUGUUCUUCAGCACCAUCCUCUCACUCUUCAUCUUCUCCCACAUCUACAACCUGCUGCUGCUCAUGAGCGUGCGCAUGCGGCCUUAUAUGGUGACGGAGUAUAUGGGCAUCAGGAACGAGAGCUUCAUGAAGAUGGCAGCGGUGGGCACCUGGAUGGGGGAUUUUGUGACUGCGUGGAUGGUAACAGACAUGAUGCUGCAGGACACUCAUUACCCAGACUGGGGCCGGACCGCGAGGCACCUGUGGAGGCAAGGUCACAACCGCAUCGUGCUCUUCUGGAUCCCUGUGUUUCUCUUCUCCUUGCAGGACUGGGAGUUUCCUCACUUCAUGGGUGAUCUGGACAUGAAUCUCCCGGGUCUGUCCACAACCCAGCUGAAGAUCCGACUGCCCGUCUGCAAGCGCAUCUUUAAGGAGGAGUAUCACAUUCACAUCACCGGGAAGUGGUUCAACUAUGGCAUCAUCUUCCUGGUUCUCAUCCUGGACCUCAACAUGUGGAAGAACCAGAUCUUCUACAAACCCUAUGAAUACGGUCAGUACGUCGGUCCAGGAGAGAAGAUCUACACCGUGGAGGAUCCGGAUACUCUGCAGGACUUCAACCGUAGCAUGCUCACCUGGGAAUGGCGCUCCACCAACAUAGACCCACGCACCAACCAGACAUUCAACCAAAGCAAUGCCAUCUAAUCCCCGUGUUGUUUUGACCGCUUUCUCCAGUGUUUUGUUUUCAUGUUGGUCCUGUGUGUUUUUCUGAUGUGCAGGUACCGUGUUAUUUCAGCGCUUGCAUGUUAUCUGUGGAAAUGGUUCUUCUCCAAUCGAGGUGCUCCCAAAGUGGCGACUGCUGGCGUUUGCCGCCGGUAGUCGUGAUCCGUCGUGACCUUGUUGCCAAGCAACCCCUGUGGGCCGACCUUCGUCCAGAUGUUGAUCCGGUUCUGCAGAAAGUGGCAAUCAAACCCAUUUAUAGGAGCAUUUUGUCAACAUCCAUUAGGCACCAUUACGGGUCACAACACAAGGGUUAUGAAAGCGUUUCUUCACUGAAGGUGAUUUAUUAAAGCUUUCAGAAAUCUGCAUGUGGCACAUUACGACUUCAUAUGUGGCCACUCUCACUGUUUGCCCCCGUGGAGAGACGUGCAGAAGUUUCUUUGAAAAUAUUGCACUUUAUAAUAGAUGCUCUGUAAUUUCUUCUGA